GGAGGAGAGGAGGAGAAACUGAGGAGGGUGGGAGGUCUGGAGUGGAGCACGUAGCCUGCUUACAAAUUAACACCACAACCGAAGUCGGACAGCGUGAGUGAGUUUCUCGCCGUCCUCCUCUCGCUGUUGCACCGCCACGCAAAGCCAUCUUCUCGGCCAGCGGUCUUCACUUUAACGAUCCCACGGUGCCCCUGAAUGCCGCUGCCCCACUUCUGAGCGACUUCCCCCGGCUGCUGCGCACAGCCGGAGCCCGACGGAGCCGCAGCAGCCGGAGCCCGGAGACACACCGACACUGCGGGAGGUGACAGAUCCGGAGCGGCGCCUCUGCAACAAACCACGCAGGCAUCGACCACGCAGACAUCGGCCAUGCCAGAUCUGCACGGAGGGGGAAAUCUUGAUAAGUAUGAGCCGGGUUUUUUUUUUUUGUUCCUGCAAACUCGGGUGUGCUUGGCGUGGCAGUGGCGAUGACUUCCUCCUCUAACAAGCCUCGAGAUGAGCCUUCUCCUGGAGUCUAAACAAACACCCGGACUGUAAGAAGAGGACUUUAUCACCAAGAUCAUCAGCGACAAUAAAAUAGACUUUAUUAGUCACACACUGCGCUACUUGGGAGGAAAACGCCGUAAAUCAAGCCAGGAGGAUCCAAACCCAAGUGGAAGACGAAUGGUUUGGGCAUGGUGCCCACGCCCCAGGUGUGCGUAUCAACCCUGGUCACAGUGAGCACGAUGGCAGUGGUGGACCUCUACCUGCUGGAGCAGAGCAUGAUGGGAGCUCGUGGUCCUCCAGGGCCGAGUGUGUGGCAGUGUGCCGUGGUGUUGCUAGGCGAUCUGGGCUUCCUGCUCGCGCUGCGCUUCGUGUCGGCCGGCGUGAUGUCGGAGGCAAGGUCGCCACGCCGCGGCUUUGCCAACGCGCUCUGGUUCCUCUUCCUGUCGCUGCUGCAGCUCAAGCUCUUCUUCAUCUGCCAUAACUACAGGCAGGAGCGCCGCCCCCCCGACCCGCUGGCCAGGAAGACGCUGACGCUGCUGCUGUCCAUCUGCCUGCCCUCGCUGUUCCUCAUCCUGACGGGGGCCGACCACAUGACCCCGCAGCGCAGGAAGCAGGAGGUGCGGAGCCGGCUCCUGUGGGUGGUGGUGGACCUGCUGGAUGUGCUGGACCUGCAGGCUGGGCUGUGGGAGGCCCAAGGGGGGGCGGCGGGGUCGGGGGGGGUCGUCGAGCAGAAGCUGCCCAUCUGGGCCGAGGGCCUGGUCUUCUUCUACUGCUAUGCCCUCCUGCUGCUGCUGCCCUGUGUGGCCCUCACCGAGCUGGGGGCCACGGGCCUGCCGGGACAGAGGGGGCCCCGUAAGGAGGCUCUGUACCCGUGGCUCAGCUUGGUCACCAUCAACAUCUUCACCCUGGCCCUGAGGGGCACCGGCAUGCUGUGGUACCGGGACCCCCGCGUGUCCACCGUGUUCCUGGGGAAGAACCUGCUGGCUCUGGCUGUGAAGCUGAGCUCCGCCUGGGAGAAACACAAGCAGGAGUGCGGAGCUGCCGGAGCGGGGGCCGUGGCAGAACCAGGAGACCCCACCCUGCCGAGCCAGGGCUCAGAGCAGGGAGAGGACCCGGCACAGGGGAAAACCCCCCCCUCUCAUUAUCACACACUGUCUCGCUCCCAAAGCCACAAUCUCUCUCAUGCCAGCCUGGAGCCCGCAGAGACGCCCUUAGGACCCUCUUUCAUCUCCCAUGAACUCUAGAGAGGAUCUGAACAUACACGCAUGCACACAAAAUGUGAUCACACUCGGACUUAAACUCGGACCAGCAGGGCGAGUAUCACAACCAAACAGAUACAUCGUUUUGAGUUUCAGUGCAACAUUGAUGGGUGUAAUGCCGAGCUGUGGAAAUGCAUUUGACAAGCUUGGAUUUCUACACAUUUUGUUGUGCUAAUAAUAACUCAAAAUGCAUUGCUGGGAUUUGUGGUAGUGUGUUUUUUUAAUUGAACACUGUGAACACAUUUCAGCCUGUAAAGAAUAUUCCAGAAAUA